CGUGGCCGGUCGUCACGACGUGGUAAAACCGCCGGUCGGGGUCACAAAGGUUAUGGUCAGCACAACGGUACCGUGCGCCUGGGUUUUGAGGGUGGUCAGACCCCCUUUUAUCGCCGCCAGCCCAAACAUGGCUUCAAAAAUCCGUUUUCUGUGGAGUAUCAAACCAUCAAUUUGAGCAAGCUCAAAGACUUUAUCGCCCGCGGCAAGAUUGAUGCGAGCCAGCCCAUUGAUAUGCACACACUGUGGAAGAGCGGCGCUAUCGAUAAGAUUCAAAACGGCGUCAAGCUUUUGGGCGAGGGGUCAGCAGAUUUUGACCUGCCUGUGCGCAUCGAGGUCAGCCGCGCCUCCAAGUCGGCCAUUGAGGCGAUUGAGAAGGCAGGCGGCAUCGUGAGCUGCGCUUACUACGACCGUGUCGGCCUGCGGGCUCUUCUCAAGCCGGAAAAGUUUACCACCAUUCCUCGUCGUGCCCGACCCCCCAACAAACAACGCCCCUACUACGAGAACCCAGAAAACCGAGGCUAUCUUGCUGGGUUUGAAUCA